CGACAGGGGCGGCCAACAGGGCGCGCAAUCACGUUGGGUCAGGUACAAGUACACUACAAAAGCACCACACCGCGCGCAAGUUGAGUGUUAGGGCUUUUCUACGCGAUCCAUCGUCAAUCAUAACAUCCGUCUCGAACGAUUCCGCGUUCCCAUCAACCGGACGACAAUGGCCAAAAUAACGCUCCUGUCCUGCCUGCUGCCCCUGGCGCUGCUCAGCAGCCUGGUCCAGGGCGCGAUCGCAUCCAAGCCCGUCGAAAAGCGCUCAGCGCAGGAAGUCGUCGCACAGCUCGGCCUUGCCCCGAACCCGGAAAAGGGCUACUUCAAGGAGAUCUUCCGGGAUCCCCUCAUGAUCAACACCGGCAACGGCACCCGCUCCGCCAGCACGGCCAUUUACUAUCUGCUCGAGGGCUCGGCGGGCCAGUCGCUCUGGCACCGCAUCGACGCCGCCGAGGUCUGGCACUACUAUGCUGGCGCGCCCCUCAAGAUGUUCCUCUCGCACAACAAUGGGACGGGUGUCCGCAAUGUGGUGCUCGGCCCGGAUGUCUUCAAGAGCCAGCAGCCUGCUGUGGUGAUUGGCUCGUGGGAGUGGCAGAGCUGUAAGAGCACGGGGGAUUGGACGCUUGUUGGAACGACUGUCGCUCCCGCUUUCGAUCCUGCUUUCUACGAGAUUGCAGACGCCAACUGGAAGCCGACAUAAGCGUGUGUUAACUAGGUGUGGAACUGUUGGCGAUGGCUACUUGCUCUGUCUGUGGUAUAUAGUGUGCC